CGAAAGGACAAUUUUAAAAGAGGUAUACAAAGGUAUAUAUUCCUUUGACUUUGUUCGGAAAUAUUUCAGUAUUUUUAAACAUUUCGAAAGGCAGGAUGCUGUUUUCCCAUCUCCCGGCGGAAGUGGUUGCUGGAAGUUUGGGAUCGCGGCGGCUGGCAAGCUAACAAGCUAGGGCGUUGCUAACGGCACGCACGGGCGUUUUUUUCCUUCUGUCCCUGAAGUUUUUAUUCCUCGUACAAAUGACGCCGAACGUCGGGAUUAAAAGUCGCAAGCGUCCCUGAAAGUUUUUAACGCCAAAUCGGGGUGUUGUUUUUGUUCACGACUCUCCGCUCGCGGGAGACUACUUGUUCUCUUCUCACCCCUCGAGGAGACUUUUUUAAAGGACGUGGACAUAAAAAAAAAAGCAACUGGACAUAUAUGCUGUGUUUUCUUCCCACUCAUCGGGAUUCGGACUUUGCUUUGUUUGCAGUGGAAACAGGAGCACACGGCGCAAAGUUUAUUUUCUCACCCUGUACAGUGGAUGUGUUUUGUUAGCUGGAAGCUAGCAAUACUGAACUCUCCUUUCCUUUGAGGAUUCUCCCCACCAAGCAUUUCGCUCAUAUACAGUUUUAAUUUUUGAUUCUUUCGAGCGGCUCGUUUAUUUGACAUAUUACGGUAUCGGAAGACUCUUCAAGGGAACUGCAGAAUCGUGCAGGAGAUACCGCAAACUGCCGACCGGAGGAAUCCGCAGGAUCUCCCAGGGACGUCUCGUCCCUAUUUGAGCAGAGCAGGGGUGGUGGCAGGCGGACUGCAUCGCCACGCUGUCCGGAACGUUGGAUUACCCGAAAACUGGAAUGUGAAUGCGGCGGUGAGGAGCACGCAUACCCGACCAGCAGUGUUAUUCAUCACCAAGGGGAAGGAUAUAAUCUCUCUACUGAGUCCAUUCAGGCCCUGACUCAUUUUUGCACCAUUUUAAUGAUCCAGCUUUCUGUGACCCACCCCAAACAUUGAGAAUAUUUGCCGUCUGCGUCGCUGCUGGCGUCUUUCUUUGAUAUUUAUUUAAUUUAUUUUUAAAAAGAAGGCAAUUUGUUACGAAUGCCAGAGAAGGACGCUUCAUCAAGUCGCCAUAUCACACUCUGGAAAAUGUUAAUCGGAUAUAAUUCCCUGCAAAUCUAGAACCGGAAGCCCAAUGAGUGACACACAGUCAAGCUUCACUGACAGACUACCUGACAUGGAAUGGAUACAAGACCCAUCGAGAUUACAACAUUGGUUUCCCAAGAAAGCAAACAGAACCAGCAGCAUUCUCAGCAAAGAUCACCCCCCGGACAAGAAACCGAAAAGUGACAAAUCAUCACUUCCCUCCAAUGAGUUUGACCCGACAGAAGCUCUGGUGGUGCAGAAGAGUGGCAGCGGCAGUCUGCUAGCAGAGGGGAAUCCUGAGUCCUGUGGUCUGGUCCAGCGAUGUGUCAUCAUCCAGAAAGACGAAAAUGGCUUUGGGCUCACAGUCAGUGGUGACAAUCCGGUGUUUGUGCAGCUCGUCAAAGAAGAUGGUGCUGCAAUGCGGGCUGGGGUUCAGACAGGAGACAGGAUCAUCAAGGUUAAUGGAACCCUGGUUACACAUUCAAACCACAUAGAAGUGGUAAAGCUUAUCAAAUCGGGCUCUUAUGUGGCCCUCACAGUACUGGGUCGCCCGCCAGGGCUUGCACAGAUCCCCCUGUCUGAAGCAGAGUCUGAAAUGUUGGGUGUUUGCAUAUCCUCUCCUAACUCGCCUGCAGCAGAACGCCCAUACAGUCAUGACCGGCUUUCCUCCACACCUCAAUGGGCAAUGAAGGAGGAUGGCAGAACCCCUUCCCCCAAACUACUGAAAGAUAACCAAGAAGCUAAAAAACACAUUCCACAGCUGCAGGGUCAGCUUUUCAAGGCCACCGGCGCAACACAGGAGGCUGCUCCAGGUGGAGAUCCAGAUGAUAGUAGCAUGUUUGAGACUGCACACACUCCUGCGGCAGGAGACCAAAGUGCUGAAUUGUCCUGGAGCGGCACACCUAUUUCUGGGUUUGGACUCAGCUCCCCAGAGAGUUUAUGCCAGAGGGGGUUGUCCUGCCCCAGCCCAAAGAGCACACCCAGGAACAGCUUCAACUCCUGCCACUCCCCAGAGACAGAGGAUGCCACUGAUCUGGACUCCCUGUCUCCCACCACUGUCAGCAGUCCCUCCUCUCGCCUCGUCUCACAGAUAAUUGGAGCUGAGGACGACUAUUUUGAUUCUGACCAUGAGCAGACAAAUGGCCAGUGUAACCGUUUUGCCAGCAUUGAGCAGCUCAAGUCUCGGCCUGCCCACCUUGCAGCCUUUAUGCACCACGUCAUAUCUCAAUUUGAUCCGGCCCCGGUGCUGUGCUACCUCUAUGCUGACUUGUACAAGCAGACCAACUCCAAAGAGACCAGACGGGUGUUCAUGGACCUCCAUACCUUCUUCAUUGAUCGGGGAGCACACCUGAAAGUGGCAGUUCCGGAAUCAAUAUCUGCUGAUCUUGAUCGGCGACGGACAGAAUUGAUUCCAGAAGAAAUAAACAGACAACACGUUCAAACGCUGCAGGAUUCACUGCUCCCUGAUAUACAGAAGAACCUCGAGGAUUUCAGACAAAAGCGCAGUAUGGGUCUAACCGUUGCUGAAGUGGAGCUGGCCAGGCUGGACCAAGAACGUGUGAGAGAUCGGGUCACACUCGAACGUGAACGCUCUUACGCUGAAAAUAUAAUUACCAAGAUAGAGGAUAUCCUGGUUACCGCUCAGACGACGGAAGAAGAGAAGUGCACUACAAUGCAGUAUGUCAUUUAUACAUACAUGAAGCACCUUGGUGUGAGGGUCAAGGAACCUCGCAGUCUGGAGUCAAAACGGGUCCGGAUCAACUUCCUUCCUAAGAUUAAGAAAAGCAUUAAGACAGAAAAGGAUGGUGAAGAGAAGGUGAAGAAGCCCAGGUUUCCUAGUAUCCUCGGACCUCAGCGACGGCCGAGUCGCAUCGAAGCAGCAUCGGUCGGCAAAGCGCUUGACGGUCGGCCCAAACCUCAGAAGCAGUUGUCUCAGCCUAGCCUUGGGGCCAGCGAGCACACGGAUGGGGGUCGUUUAAGGGGCAGCCAAUCCAGUGAGGGCCCUGAGCUCACACACUCCACAUCUGUCACCACCUCAUCCCCAAACAGUACCCCCUUCAGCUCUGACGCUGGCCGAGACACAGACUCUGGUGGAACUCCAACUUCAGCCCCCACCAGGCUAAGUGACAGUCUUCAGUCUGACCCCCUCGAUGGGUUACCGUACCCCGCAUCACACUUUGACCUUUACAGCCUGGACCAACUCCAAGAGGAUGACAGAGAAACUGACAGAACCCAUGAGGGAACGCCAAAAGCCAUCAGAAGGCUCGAGGGAUUGGGUCCUGCUGACGUCCAGAGUGAGGACGACCAGGGAACAGACUCUGAGCACGACCCGCUCAACUGGCAGCAGCUUGUGGGACGGGAGGUUCUGGCGGGUCUUAGGCCUCUUGAAAUCAAGAGACAGGAAGUUAUCAAUGAGCUGUUUUACACGGAGCGUGCACAUGUGCGUAUGUUGAGAGUUUUGGAUCACGUCUUCUACCAGAAGCUUUCAAAAGAUGCCAUUCUUCCUCCUGCUGACAUCAAAAAUAUCUUCACCAACUUGGAGGAGAUUCUGCAACUACAUGUUUCAAUUCUGGAGCAAAUGGCAGCUGUUCGGAAGCGAAACGAGUCGUCUGUCAUUGAUCAGAUUGGAGAUGACUUGCUCUCCUGGUUCAGCGGCGGAGAAGAAGAGAAGAUUAAGCAGGCCGUUGGGACGUUCUGCAGUAAUCAGCCUUUUGCCCUGGAGAUCAUAAAGACCAAGCAGAAGAAAGACUCGCGCUUCAUUUCCUUCAUGCAGGAGGCGCAGAGUAACCGAUUGUGUCGGCGACUGCAGCUGAAAGACAUUAUACCCAUUGAGAUGCUGAGAUUCACCAAGUAUCCCCUGCUGCUGGACAACAUUUCCAAGUACACAGAUGAUGCGGUAGAGAAGGACAAAGUCAAGCAGGCAGCAGACUGCUGUCGAAAGAUCCUCAAUCAUGUUAACCAGGCUGUAAAGGAAUCAGAAGACAAACAGAGGCUGGAGGACUAUCAGAGAAGACUGGACCUGUCGUCCCUUAAGCAGACAGACAACCCAAUGAUCCUGGAACUAAAGAACCUAGAUCUCACGAAAAAAACUAUGGUGCAUGAAGGUCCACUGUCAUGGAAAGUGAACAAGGACAAGACCAUUGAGCUGUACACUCUCCUCUUGGAAGACAUCCUGGUUUUGCUCCAAAAACAAGACGAACGGCUCAUCCUUAAGUGUCACAGCAAGAACCUGGCAGGAACCGCCGACACCAAGCACAUUUUCAGCCCCAUUAUUAAGCUCAGUACUGUGCUUGUGCGCUCCGUAGCGACAGACAACAAGUCCUUCUUCGUUCUCUCCAUGUCUGAGAACGGUGCCCAGAUCUAUGAGCUGAUGGCAUCCACAGUCUCUGAUCAGAGAACGUGGCAGAACCUAAUCACGCAGCGAGCCGAAGCCAUGAAAGUCAAACCCCAUAGCGUGAUACCUUUACCUCAGACAGACGGGGAUAGAGACGGUGUGGAGAUCAUUACAGCUGGUGUUGCAAGGCUGAGUAAAGACCCAGACCGCACAUCCACUGGCAGCACUCAGUCCACAGAUAAGGAAAGCAGUCCGGCUGUGAGCCGUGUGACUCUAAGCCCUCUACCGGCUAGCAAUCCUUUCGAGACAGGGAAGAAUGAGAAAGAGGAGGAGGAAGAAAGUUUUGUUGACCCAGAGCUUCCAUACCAAGAUACUGAAGAUGGUGGCGCAGAUUCUUUUAAUGUGUUCCCCUCAAGAGCAGAUGAAGCAUUGAAAACAUUGGCGGCGUUAAAGCAGGUGUUGGUGACGCAGCUCAUGUCGCAGGAGGCUGCAGAGCGAACAAAGCGCUCUACGGGAGGCCGCCUACUAAGGACCACCUCCCUUAGGACACCGGUGGAGAAACGUGUGAUGGUUCACAACGGCUCAGAGAGAAACACCUCCCAAACAGAGGACCCCACCCAGGACUUGGGCUCCGGCGACACGGGUUUCUUUGAUUCCCCUGAAGAUUAUGCAGGAUUUUUAGUCCUGGAAGGAUACGGCGGGCCAGGGGAGACCAGCACCGAUGAUGACAUGUCACCCUCGGGGAAGCAGUUGAGCGCAUCACAAGGUUGUGCCGCCGACUCGGGCAUCAAUCUGAGGUUCUCUUCGGCUUCGCACGCCGGCAGCCUCUCAUCUUUUAGCAGACAAGUCCUGUCUCACCUGCGAAACCUUCAGGCUAACCUCAACCAUCUGAAGGAGGUGGAAGCUAAGUACAAUAAUCUGCGUCAGAGGCCGGAGAAAUCAACGACACACUCAGAUGGAAACCAAGAUAAAAGAUAGUGGACAUCUCAGCUGCACCUUCUGUCUGGGGAUGGGGGCCCAAAGAGUUGUAGUUUUGCUACCACCUUUGUGCGUGUGUGUGUGUCCUGGACAUGGUGGACCUCCUAUAAGCUUGUCCUCUCACUGCUGACCCCUCCACCUUGAGACCCCCCCGUCCUCACCGUCACCGAAAGCAAGAGACUUGAAUGGGGCAGAGUCGCUUCCCCUUCAGCACAAGGCAAUCAACCCACAUUUCCACCUAACACCCCACAGCAAGAAAGAGAACUUAUACCAAAAUGUACAAAGAAAUGUGGGUUUAUAUACAGUAUAUUUAUAUAUAUACAUAAAAGUCUAUGUAUAUAUAUAUUUAGAUAUAUGAAACACAAAGCAAGAAAAGGAAAAAUUUAAAAUAAUGUAUUAAGAUUUUUUUUUUAUCCCAAGAUGUAUUUAUUUUCCUUUUGUUUGGUUCUUUUUUUUGUUUGUUUGUUUUUUUAAGAAAAAUGUUUCCUGCAUUGCGUGCAUGCUGUUGCUACUUUGGCUGCAUUUUCUUCUUUUUGAGUCACACAGGCUUGGUGUGUUUGCAAGGCUCAGCCCGCUUGCAGUUGAAUCCCACUGAAAGAGGCCCGUGUAUAGAACCCUAUAUCCCCCCACCUUUGUGUUGUCUUCAAAAUGGAGGAUCUCACACUAGUGUAGCUUCGAACUAGAAUGAAGAGUUGCCAGGGCUCUGAUCUGGUCCUGUUGCCUCCUUCCUCUUUUUCCACCCCUUUUGGAUGUGCUCCUCUUUUCCUCCCCCAUCCAUUCCUUCUCUCCGUCUACGUGUCCUUGUCAGUUGUGCUGCCUGAGGGUGUCUUGCCUCUUCAUCCAGGAGGGCUCACCACUCUUCCCUAACUGCCUGCUAUUUUUCUCCUCUAAUCCUGUCAUGAAGUUCAACAUGUACUGUACCAAGAUCAUGUUGGAAGGUUAUGCAUAACUUUAAUAAAUAAAUGGUGCCCUGACCCAUUUGAAAGGAAACGCCGCUGUGUUUGAAAUGAACCUUGUGUCCUUCUAAAACAGCAACGGAGAACCACUUCGUGUUUUAGAAAGAGUAUACUGUGAUACCUCCCUACUUCACAGCUCAACAUUCGGGCCCUCAGUACAUCGCAGAUUAGUUACGC